AUGGAAUCGGACUCUUCGGCUGUUUGGGAAUCACCAGAUCAAAAUCUACACAUGGGAGAGCGGAUAGAAGUCAGCGAAGGAAUCACUGAGGCGCCAGAUAUUUCUGAUAUUCCGGAUGUGACCGUUAAAUUUGAAGCAGUAGAUAAAACCGUCGCCUUUACAUCUGAUGACAUAAUUAACGAGCUCGCUAGCGAAUUAAAGGGCAGUUACGAAAGUGCUCUGAUAUGGUUAUUAGAAGAAGACAAUAUUUAUCUGGCGCUUGGGACGCUUUCGGCGACUGCUUUAGCUAGCUUCUUUGGAUACUGGUUUCUGUACCUACGUCAGCUUCAAUUGAACUGCUGGUGCUGUGGAAAAAGUCAUUUUAUUAGAGCAUCAGAGACCAACAAUUGGACCUGUUCUGUCUGCGAUCAAUUCAACGGCUUCACAUCUGAGGGUGAUAUCGACCAAAACGCAGAAGUGGAGAAAAAAGGGACAAAUCGCUUCCAAGAACGUGGAUCAACAUUCUGUACGCCCGUGAAAGCUCCAGCUCAGUACGGGGCCCCACAACUUUGCCCGAGAUGCAGCGACCUUCCAGAAAUAAAAGCCAGACGUUUGAGGGAAUUCGUGCCUUCAUCUGAGGCAUUUGAAGAUGAAGAGAUCGCCGAAUUCGAAAGACAGUUAGAGAGGACUUACAGGCUGUGUAUGAUGUGCCAGAGGAAAAUUGACCAAUAUUUAAAGAAUCAACAAGCUGGAUUAAAAGCUACCUAUCAAGCGAGUCAAUCUCAGUCUAACUCACAAUCCACAAAUGACAGUGGCUAUUCCGCAUCCCGCCCUGGAUCUGCAUAUGUGCGCUCUAGGGUAUCGCAAGCAGCUUCUACAUCAAUCUGGCGAACUCCCCCGAGAUCAGUCUACAACUCAAUAGCGAAUACAUUGUUGAGCCAGAAGACAGCUCAGCCUACUGUGGUAAAUGAGGAUAGAUCGGAAUUUGAUUUGACUCUUUUCCGGCGAAUGCGUUUCCUGACAAUAUUAGGCUUUCUUGCGCUAGCUACGUUCUCCAUCUUUGGGCUAACUAUAACCAAGUACAUGGGUUGCUUCGCUUUUGGAUUGUACAUUACGUUUACUUCUUUAGUGGCAAAAAAAGCUCCCCGCGUUUCGAUUCUGCUCAUAUUUUGUGUCAUUUUGCGCCAAUUUUUGCCCAUGCUUUUCACUACCAACUUUGAUAUCCCUUCAUCUGUAACGAUCGCGCUGCAAAUCUUCAACACUUUGGAGCAAAUGAAGAUUAUUCUCUGGAAGAUCGAGCUCGGCAUUGAAACCGUUUUGAUAUUUUAUCUUUUUCGAAAUUUCGCCAAUCAAUAUGACGAAAUAAUUUCUUCCUUACUGGAAACAAGUGACGAGAGUGAACCAUCCAGUCAGCAUUCUACUCCGAAUGGUUCGCCUAGAAAGCCUCCUACUCAGAUCGGUGCUCGGUAUUCGCCAGAGAAAAAAGGAUUUCUGGACUCUAGCUUCGGAAAUAUGUCGAUUGAUGAAGAAGACGAAGGAAUAACGCCGUUCGACUCUGUCUCAAAUUUUGGGCUUCCUGAUGGCGCGGGCGACGCGAUGGAAAUAAGCUUCGGAACGCCCGCUCGGAAGAGAGAGCUGCUUAACACUUCCUUCCAAUCAGAUGUUGUGUCCGUCAUCUCUACGGCCGCUAAAACGACAGUUAAAGUUGCUUCAAACGUUUGGAAAUGGCUCUUUCCUUUGCUAACUAUAGUGUACUUAGUCAUAUUCUACAAAAUAGUGCAAAAAGUUCAAAAUUACUCUCCAGACAAAAACCGACUUACUCUCUAA